AUGGGCUCCAUCAACUUCCCCGGCGAAGAAGAGCGCAUUCUCAAACACUGGGAGGAGAUCAAUGCAUUCCACCGCCAGCUCGAGCUGUCCAAAGAUGAUCCCCCAUAUGUAUUCUACGACGGCCCACCAUUUGCAACCGGUACGCCGCAUUAUGGCCACCUCCUCGCCUCCACCAUCAAGGACAUCAUUCCCAGGUACUGGAGCAUGACUGGUCGCCAUGUGGAGAGACGAUUUGGAUGGGAUACGCACGGAGUGCCAAUCGAACAGAUCAUCGACAAGCAACUCCACGAGGAGAUUGGGUUGCGCGGCAAGGCUGCGGUGGACAAGAUCGGCAUCAAGGAAUACAAUCGUCGCUGCCGACAAGUCGUUCUCACGUACGCAGACGUCUGGCGACGGGUCAUCAGUCGAUUGGGACGAUGGAUCGACUUUGAUCGAGACUACAAGAGCAUGGAUCCGACAUUCAUGGAGACUUGUUGGUGGGUGUUUGCGCAAUUGUACAAAAAGGGCCUGGUGUACCAUGGUGCAAGAGUCUUGCCAUACAGCACCGCUCUGACCACUCCACUGAGCAAGAGUGAGGCUACGGAAGAGUACAGAGACGUCCAAGACCCCGCCGUCACCGUCUCGUUUCCCGCCGCUGGAGGCGACGUCAACUUUGUGGCAUGGACAACAACGCCGUGGACGCUUCCCAGCAACCUGGCCCUUUGCGCACACCCCGAAUUCGAAUACCUUGUCGUUCACGAUACCGACUCCGACAAAAACUUGAUCAUGCUGGAAGCGGGACUGAAAGUUCUGUACAAAGAUCCCAAAAAGGCAAAGUACAAAGUCCUCACCAAGGUCAAAGGUGGGGACCUGGCCGGGUGGCAUUACAAGCCCAUUUUCGGUUACUUCUACGACCAGUUCAAGGAGGUUGCGUUCAAAGUCCUGCUGGACGAGUACGUACAAGCGGACGAAGGUGUCGGGAUUGUCCACCAGGCACCGGCAUUCGGAGAGGAGGACUACCGCAUCUCGUGGCGGGAAGGAAUAAUCAGUGCCGAGCGUUCCCCUCCUAAUCCGCUCACAGCUGGUGGCGAGUUCACCAGCGAGGUACCAGAGUUCGAGGGGCAACAUGUCAAGGCCGCGGACAAGGAUAUCAUGAAGUGGCUUGAAAAGAAUGGGCGGCUGGUGCGCAAGUCGCAAAUCACGCACAGAUACCCGCACUGUCCGCGCUCGAAGACGCCGCUCAUUCAACGAGCCGUGCCGAGCUGGUUCAUCAAGGUCGAACCUAUUGUUCCACAACUGUUGGACAACCUCCAGCAAACACACUGGGUGCCGCGACAGGUUGGCAUGGGCCGCUUUCACAACUGGUUGGCAGCUUCAAGAGACUGGAACGUCAGCAGAAAUCGGUAUUGGGGCACACCGCUCCCACUGUGGGUUUCAGAGGACAUGAAGGAGGUCGUAUGCGUCUCAUCGGUUGCCGAACUGAAGCAACUCUCGGGCUAUGCCGGCGAGAUCAACGACUUGCAUCCGGACAGCGUUGAUCACAUCACAAUUCCGUCCAAACAGGGCAAGGGUACGCUGCAUCGAGUGUCCGAAGUCUUCGACUGUUGGUUCGAGUCGGGGAGUAUGCCGUAUGCCUCUAGCCACUACCCAUUUUCCUAUCCGGAAUUCGAUGCGUCAGACCCCGAAUCCGGCGCAUCCCCAACCAAGGGCCCCGGGAAACAUCUCUUUACAAAGUUCCCUGGCGACUUCAUCGCCGAGGGCCUUGACCAAACUCGCGGUUGGUUCUACACGCUGAGCAUCCUGGGAACCCAUCUCUUCGGCACGUUUCCCUACAAGAACUGCGUCGUGAACGGCAUCGUUCUUGCAGAAGAUGGAAAGAAGAUGUCAAAGUCCCUGAAGAACUUCCCGGAUCCAUCUCUGGUCAUCGAUCGGUACGGCUCGGAUGCUCUCCGACUUUAUCUCAUCGACUCUCCAGUGGUGCGGGCCGAAUCGCUCCGCUUCUCGGAAGCAGGCGUUAAGCAGAUUGUGUCUGGAGUUUUACUCCCCUUAUGGAACUCGUACAACUUCUUCGCGCAGCAAGCCGUACUGCUCAAAAAGAACACCGGGGCGGAGUUUGUCUUCGAUCCGGAGAUACAAAGGUCGAACGACAAUGUUAUGGAUCGAUGGAUUCUCGCGGCCACACAGAGUCUACUGCAGUACGUCAAGCAGGAGAUGGAAGCCUACCGGCUGUACACGGUGGUCACACGACUGCUGAAGAUGAUUGACGACACAACCAACUGGUACAUUCGAUUCAACCGUAGUAGGCUGAAAGGACAAGUUGCAGCGAAGCCUGCGACAAACGGCGUGCAAGCCAACGGUACGGCGUCCGCAGCGCAUGGUGCAGACGACGAAGCGCUGGAUACUCUCCACGCGCUCAACACUCUGUUCGAAGUCCUGUACACCAUGGUUCGAGCUCUGGCGCCCUUCAUUCCAUUCCUGUCCGACAACAUUUUCCAAAGACUGGCGCCCCACCUUCCCGAGUCCGUGACGCACGGCAAAGAUGUCCGAAGCGUGCAUUUUCUGCGCUUCCCCACUGCACGCGAAGAGCUGUUCGAUCCCGUGGUAGAGAGGCGUGUCGCUCGGAUGCAAAAAGUCAUUGAGCUUGGCCGGCUUGCACGCGAGCGGAGGACACUGACCCUCAAGACCCCACUCAAAACGCUAGUCGUGCUGCAUCAAGACCAAGAAUUCUUGGAUGAUGUCAGGACGCUGGAGCGUUAUGUGACCGACGAGCUGAAUGUACGAGACCUGGUCCUGACAAGUGACGAGAAGAGUUAUGGCGUCGAAUACAGCAUCCAAGCAGACGUGAAGAACCUGGGCAUGAAAUUUAAGAAGGACGCGGUGAAGAUCAAAGGAGCGCUUCCCAAGCUGUCGACUGCCGAGAUUCAAUCCUUCCUUGAGACUGGCGCCAUCACCGUCGAAGGCCAUCAAUUGAGCGCCGAGGACCUGCGGGUCAAUAGAGGGCUCAAGCAGAGUCCAGCGACGGCGAACCUCGAAGUGACGGUAGAAGGCGAAGUCAUGAUCCUGCUCGACGCUUUUGCGUAUCCGGAGCUUGCGCAAGAAGGGUUGGCGCGAGAAGUGCUGAAUCGCGUGCAGCGACUACGGAAACGGGCGGGGCUUGUUCCCACGGACGACAUGCAGUUAGCGUACGCAGUGCUCAGUCCGGUCUCGAUCGAGGGGGUGGACGGCGCGGCAGCUGGCGAGAAGGGCGCGAACGCCGAAGUGUCGAGGCUGGAGCAUGAGAGAGUGGUGGAGGAAAUGUUUGCGCAGCAGCAAUCGGCGUUCGCCAAGGCGGCCAACAAGGGGGUCGUCAGAGCGCAGGACGGCCAGGGAGCUGCUAUUGCCGAGGAGGAGGCGGAGGUGAAGGAGGUGCGACUGUUGCUGCGCCUUUUGAGGGCGUGA